UUAAUCCUGGCUUCCACCUUUGAGACGCCAACUUUUGCAUUUGAGCUGAAGUGGCCCUUUAAGACUGAGUCGAAACUUAAACCACUGGUGGGGGGCAUCAGAGACACUGCGGUUAUAUUUCUGGAGCCUUCAAGUAGCAUGUGAGAAUCCCCUGGGGAAACGAAGCCGUCAGAUGUUUCUGGGCUUCUCCAGCUUUUUCCCACCACAGUGUCCUGCAAGGACACACAGAAGGAGCUGCACCUUCCCGAACGGCCGCCUUGAACCCUUGUCAUGUCGAAGCACCUGGAAUACACCUCCUACCCAAGGGACUGUCCCACGAUGGAGAACUUGGAGAGGCAACUCAUCUGCCCCAUUUGCCUGGAGAUGUUCACCAAACCCGUGGUCAUUCUCCCGUGUCAGCACAAUCUCUGCCGGAAGUGUGCCAAUGACAUUUUUCAGUCUCGAGGGACCACUCUGGGCUCUGCAGGGAGAUUCCGCUGCCCAUCCUGCCGCCACGAAGUUGUCCUGGACAGACACGGCAUCUACGGCUUGCAACGGAAUCUCCUGGUGGAGAACAUCAUCGAUAUCUACAAGCAAGCGCCAGCAAGCGGACCAGAGAGACCUCUGUUAAAAAGCGAGCACGCAACUUGCGAAGAGCACGAGGAGGAAAGGAUCAACAUUUACUGUGUGACGUGCGCUGUUCCCACAUGCUCCCUGUGCAAGGUUUUCGGGGAACACAAGGAAUGUGAAGUGGCUCCACUCUCGGACAUCUACACAAAGCAGAAGGCGUUGCUGACCGAUGGAAUCGGGACUCUUGUGGCAGCCAAUGACAGGAUCCAAACGUACAUGGAGGAACUGCAAAGCAAGGGCAGGAAUGUUGAGGCAAAUUGCAACGCUAAGAAGCAGGCCCUGUGUGAGAAGUUUGACCGCAUGGGGGCUAUUUUGGAAGAGCGGAGAAAGAUCAUGCUGCAACGGGUCACUUACGAACAGGAGCGCAAGACCCAGCAUCUGAAAGGGCUGAGCAAAAUUUGCAGCGACCACAUCGAAUCUUCUUCCAAGCUGGUGGACACAGCCCUGCAAUCCAUGGAAGAGCCUCAGAUGUCCGUUUUCGUCCAAAAUGCCAAAGUUCUCAUCCAAAGGAUUAUGGAGAUGAGCCACAGCUACCAAGCAGAAGUCCUAGAACCAGGAUAUGACAACAUGGAGCACUACGCAGUGGAUUUCAAUGUGGAGGAACGAAUCCUGUAUCAACUGGAUUUCAUUAAAGUUGAAGACCCCGAAUUGGCGGCUGAAGAAGAAGGGGGCUGUGGGGAAUCAGAAGACACUUUAGGAGAGACGGAACCAGAAGGUGGUGAGAGGGAAGAGGACCUCAACGACCCUUUUGCCCUUAGACACGAAGACCCGUGGCAAGGACUAUCUCCUCUGGUGAACGGGACUCGGAACUGUGCUGCUGUUGGGGCAGGAGCGUCAACCCCAGAGGCCACUGAAUCUCUAGUUGAAACUAGUCAAGAAAGCCAUCUAUGGGCCACCCAGCAGACUCAGCUGGAUGGAGGGCUCCAGGUGCUUGACUCCAGUUCGACAUCACCUCUGCCUGAGGCUGACCGAGCAGACAAUGUACCUACUCAAAGCGUGGGGCAAGCGCCUGGAGAAGAUUUCAGCACCACGGACAGCUCAGCAGAGAACGAAGAGGAUGGACACGGAAUGGCAUCAACUGCCAGCCAGGCUUCCGACUCCAGUACCCCAGCUGACCGAUGGAGAAGUGAGGACUUCACGGAACCUCUCCUUAGCAGCUUCUUCAACCCUACCCUUUGGCUCCAUGAUUAAGACAAGUUGGUGGAAGAGCACCACGCUUCUCUUGGUCCGUGUUGGAGACUUUUUUUUCUGCUCUGCAAGCAUCUGAAUUUCUAGCAGGGUUUGGGACAUCAUCAUCCCGGUCAAAUCUUCCUGCAGGAAGACGAGAAGCUCUGUGGCAAGAGAUUACAGGUUGUCCCUGACUUACAACCACAAUUGAGAGCCCAAAAUUUCUGUUGCUAAGCGAGACGUUGGGUAAGUGAAUUUUGCCCCAUUUUACAACCUUCCUUGCCACGGUUUUAAGUGAA